GCAGAACAGCGUUUGACAGAUGCAGCGUACGUUUGGCUGAGUGGUUACGCAUCAAGAAUAACACCAUCGCAUCUGCCUGUGUGUCCGCAGUGAUGUUGGCGUAGAGAGGGCGUUUGUUUUUCACACUGUUGAUGUGGGCAAAAUGUUGGCCAAUUCGAUCGUUCCCGGUGCGUGAAACAUGCGUUGGAAAGUGAACUAACGCUCUGGCUCAGGACGAUACUUUGGCGCACAACAUAAGCGAACAGUCCAACAUUGCCUCACACUUGCUUGGACAUCGCACCUAUUUCGCUCACCUGUAGCAUUCUACGCUGGACCUGCCAGUGAAGAACCCGUUAAGGAGAUCGCUACAUGGUAGCCAAGAGCUUCAUCAUGAUGUGCAAAAUACUCUGCGUACUGAUUGCUUCGGCCAAUCUGCUCACGAUGGCGUACACGGUGUACAUGAUCAUGCACUACAUGGACGAUCAACCGCUACUCGAAAUAUUCAUAUCACCGUGUCUUGCCAACAUGGUACUGGCCGUGCUUUUAGUAAUAGGAAUUGCGACGGAAGAAAUCUCUCUCAUAAGGCUGUUUAAAAUAUUUCUCUAUGCUCAGCUCGUAUUCGCACUGCUGAUGGUGGUUUACGGUCAUCGGUUUUUCGAAAGCAUCAAAAUGCCAUUCUUGGUUAAGGUUUGCUUCAGUAUUAUGUUCGUUGUCUGCGGUAUAGAGCUAGUCCUUGUGUCGGCCACAAUCGAAUCGCUGCGCAAGAAACUGAAUCCAGCCGAAGGGCUGGUAGUGUACAUGCCCGUUGUACAAUCGGUCUAAGUGUUCAUUAGUGUACAAAUUGUAUUUUCGAACUCGAGUGUUAAGCUAAUAAAACGUCUUUGUCUUGAAUUGAA